AUGUUAAAAGACUUACUGAAGAUCCAAACAAGCACCAAGAAUGAUGAAGGGAAUCCGAAAUCCAGAAAAGAAAGAAGAAUACCUAUACCUAUCGAAAGUAAGAAUAUGAAAGCAAAAAAAAGAAAAAUACCCAUACCUACUGAAA